UGAAAUCGUUAACAGAAACCGCGACUUUAGUGGCAGUUAGCGACGGUUAAACGUUUGCCUCCAAAUUCCGAACAAAAUAGAGGGAGGAAAGGGACGAUCACAGUCAAACCCUAAACCCUAACCCUAAAACCCAAUCGAAAGAUGCAGGAGAAGAGGCAAGGGAUCACGAAGAAGAAGAAGUACGAGUUCGAGUACUGCGUGGUUUGCAAGCUCAAUCACGACCAAGGUCCGAGCCACAAGUACAUCCCGAAACACACCAAGUCCCUCUCCGCCUUCCUCUCUCGCUUCCAGUCCAAGCUCGCCGACGUCCGCUUCUUUCUCAAAAACCCUAGCCCUCUCCGCCCCGAACACGCGUCCCGCAAUCGCCUCUGGUGCGUCUUCUGCGACUCCGAUAUCGACGAGCUCUAUAGCUCCUUCGCCUGUGGUAAUGCGAUUAAUCACCUUGCGACCGCUGAACAUCUGAAGAAUUUGAAGCAUUUCUUGUGGAAAUACGGUGGAGGAAUGGACCGCAUCGAUACAUUUAGAAUUUCGGAAAAUGAACUUGCUAAGUGGGAGAAGAAGUGUAAUUCACUGAAGCUUGAAGCUGUGCCUUGUGGUGAAGGCUCUCGAGGACCAGCAUUUGGACCUUCGAAUGAUAUCCAUACUGAACUGAAAUAUGGAAUUAUAGAUACUUCUGAAAAUAAUAGUAAUUCAUGUUUUUCACAUGGUGUCAUUCCUUUACCAUAUCAUACAAAUGAGAAUCAGGUAUCCCAUUCAGGACUCCCUCAAGAUACAAAUGUUGGCUGCUUUCCGCAAGCUGUUGCUAACGUUUCUUAUCAUGUGGGAAUACGGUCUGUUAGCAGGAGUACCCAACAUCCUUUGGUUUCUAAUGGUAGAAAAUUCUCAGCUGAUGGUUACUUCGAUAACGAAAGGAUGAGAGAGGAGUCUCAGCAUGGAAGAAUGACAAAAGGGCAGAGCAGUUCUCCAGGUUUUCAGAAUCUCACUCAAAUAUCAUCCUUGGGUCCUAAAGAGGCUAGUGGAAAUGUGCAUACUGGGGCACCUCCUCCUUGGCUUCAAGCAGAUGAAGAAAUUCAGUUUAGUGUUCCACUGACACCAGUUUCAGGUAGCCUUAUCUCCCUGUCAAAUAAGUCGGGGAAGUCCAAGAAAUUGAAUCCAAACCGUGUCGGAGCAGCUUGGGCAGAAAGGAGAAAGAGGGAGAUGGAGAUGGAGAAAAGAGGGGAAAUUGUCAUGAGUGACUGUGAUGCCAAUUGGCUCCCUAAUUUUGGUAGAGUUUGGCAGUCUGGUAGCCGAAAAGAGUCCAGAAAAGAAUUUGAGUUGGAGAAACACAAAUUACGUAAGGUUGAGAUUCAGUCGGACAUGCCAAUUAAGAUACAGCCUUAUGUCAGCAAACGAAUGAGAACUGAUGCGAGUGAAUAAUUUUGCCGUGAUGGUUAUGCAAGUUGACAGUAGCUCCAAUGACAGACAUGUCGGAAGAAUGAAUGUGCAUGUUCUCUACUUUUUCCCUUGAAUUUGGAGGUGUAGAUCUCGUCAAAUGGAGCUGGAAGUAUGAAGGCAGGCAGGUAGCACACUUGUGAAAUUCAACCCGAAUUUGAUUAUUAGUCUACUGUACAAAAUAGAGCUGUAAGUUCAAACGACUAUGGCACUCAUUUGUAUCCAACUUGAAUUUUUCCUGAUAAAAUAUAUUCAAUGAAAUUUUUGCCUCA